AUGAGCGGUCCGGUGCCAGCUCCGUCGGUGGAGGCCCGACAAGGGUAUGGCGCAUUUGCGUCCUCAACGUCUGCCCAGCAGAAGAACCUCUCGCGUCGAGGAACGGAGCUCAUGGCUGAAGAGGCGACUGAAGCAGUGCACACUCGACCAGGCAGUCCCGACAGACGUCGAUUCUCCUCCACCUCCCAACUCUCUGGCGUCGACGCCGGCGAUCACGAACCAUCGCCGACAGGGGCGGCUCGACGGAGUCGUCGAGGUCUCUCGCUUUCCAGACUCGGCGGGCGUCACGCUAUUCUUCCAGACAGGCGUCUCGGGCUUCGACUGCUGUCUGUGUUUAUCACCGUCAGCUUGGGUAUCUAUCUCACCAAAUAUGCUUUUCGCUGCAUCUUGCCGUCUCGACUUGCUGGCCAGAGUUUGGAAACAGCCUCCUCUGGCCUACACGAGGGGAGGCCUUUUUUCCCGCUCUUUGUUUCAAUUUCGUCGGCAACUCGACAUGCGCGCCGUCUGGCGGCAGCGGAUGGGAAUGGCGGCAGCGGUGAAUCUCCGAAGGAUACAGGAUCCAAUGGAGAGAUCAAGGGCUCUUUCUGCGAGUCCCCAGGAGAGAGCGGAGCUGUGAACGUCGGGAGAGUCGGCACUUCUCGCAACCCUAGCGACACGGAGGAAGCCCAAAUGGGGAGCACGCCUGCUCCGACUACCCGAGGAGGCUUCGGUGAUUGGCAGUUGGGAGUUUCGAGCGGCCACGCUCCAGGAGGCGCUGGCGAUGACCACGUAGGUGUGCAGUCGCUUAGUCUUACUGCGUUGAUGGGUGAAGAUUUCACCCCGGGUUCGCGAUCUUCGGAGGCACAGGUGCUUCGUAAAAUCGCUAGCAUGGUGAUGAGCGCCGCCGCAGCCGCUUCUCAUGCAUUGGGCAUGACUCAUCAUGCGGCACCAGGACUCCGACGCGCCCUCCAACACCUUGGUGAUGGAUACGGAUGUUUGAUCGCCGAAGCGGAGUGUAUGGAGUCUGGAACAAAAACCGCAAGCAACGCCAAACCCACGACUAACGUGGAGAACCCUUCAGAAAGUAGCAGUAGUACAAGAGCGACAGGGAUAGAGAGCCCCGCUUCAGGCCCGAGUCAAAGCUCUCAGACUACGGAAAGCAGUGGCGCAGCCGCCAGCGCUCUGCCAAGCAUGCAAUCGCCUCCCCGCCCACCCCGGCGUUCCUUCGUCUCUGGAUUCAACACCUGGUAUGGGGCAGGAUCGAGGCUAGGAACAAUUUUCGAAUCAGGUAAUUCCGAGCAACAGACCGAAGGCGAUGAAGACGACGAUUGGGUGCAGAGCAGGAGCGCGUUCUUCAAGAUAGGCACGAGCGGCGGAGAAGAUGAACAAGACAACUCUUCGCUGGAGGAGGCGCUGUCUGUCCUGCGAGGAGAGGAGGACUCCGAAGGAGGAUGGAAUCCGUUCUCGUCGGCAAUAAGCACCAGUUCGGCAUGGGACACGUUUUUGACACAACAGCGUGGUGAACAAGAGACAGCAACACAAGACGGCGGCGCGACUGGAGACUGGGGAAACAGACCGACAUACAGUGCGGUCCUGCAGCGUCCCUCGCGGUCGACAUCGGAGCCGCCGCCGAGUAGAUCCUCGAGGGAAUCGGUCUCGGUAAAAAUACUGCAUGGCCGAGAUCGAGCAGGAGGGUUGCAAGGCCGGGCACCUUCGAGCCAGCGUCGACAGACGUCAGUCGAGCGAGGCAACCAACCCAGCGGGCCUGGCUUUCCUGGCAGGAGACCCACCAACCGUUUCCAAAGCAUAGAUCGGACCGCGGGAGGCAGGCGAGGAGGGUGGAGGACAGACGGUCUGUCAAGGCAUGCACCGAGUACGCCGGCAGGGGAGAGGAAACCGGGGCUAGGCGGCGCGGGGAAGACCCGGCAGCGGGGUACAGGUCAGGGCGGGAGCGGUCCAGGGUCUGAGAAAGGAGGUGGAGGCGAAUCGUCGAAGGAUGUGGAAAGACGUGGUGGGGAUUCGGGGCAAACGGGCGGGAGUGGAGGGGCAAUUGGAGGUUCCGGCGGGGGCGGACGACGGCCGGGCGACGACGACAAAGACGAUGAGAAGAGGAAGAAAGGGACGGGAUCGUCGAGUGGAGGAGGGGACAGGAAACAACAGGGGAAGAAGAAGGAGGAAGCAGAGAAGAAGGAGAGGGAGAGGAAGGAGACGGAGAGGAAGGAGACGGAGAGGAAGGAGACGGAGAGGAAGGAGAAGGAAGAUCGAAAGAGGAAGGAGGCAGGCGAUCAACGUGGGAGCCGAGGAGUGAGCAGCGAAGCAGAACGAUCGAGUGCGGAGAAAGGAAGGAAGAAGACGGCCAAAAAAGGGGCGGAUAAGCAAACCACGAGAACCGAUGGAGGAGGCGAGGAGGCUGCCAGUCAGACCAGUACGGCGACGGAGAGUGAGAAGCGAGAUGUUGAAAAACCGAAAGACGAAGACACACGCAUGGAAGGAGACAGCAAAGGUGGUGCACCCAUAUUGUCACUUGAGGAGACUGGGAGUGGCGAAGGCGGACAGCAUGGGGCGGACGGUACUGCAACCGGUUCCGACGACGGCGAUCAGGACCAGCCUCCGGCGCCAGCCUCCGAGAAAGACGAGAGCAAACAGAAAAAGAGCGGUGCGGGAAAACGGAAGCAGAAAAAGACUGGUGGAAAGCAGGGGCGGCAGACGAAAGGCGGAGACGGUGAGCCGUCAGCUGGCGCCUCGGAAGCCGGAGCUGCGGAGACAGUGCGAUCAGUCCCGGGGGGAGACGCCCCUGAUGGAGACGGAAAACAUGUAGACAAACAGGGAGACGGCGACGCGCAGGCCGGCGCCGAGGGAACGGCGGGAGCGCCAGGGCAGCAGAGUGAACAAGGUGAGGGGGCUGAAGAGGCGGGUGAGCAGAAGACCGUCGCUGGGGCUGACGAGGCGACUGAUGAGGCGGCGGCAAAGAGGGAGGCAGAGCGAACAGGAGCUCGGCCCAAGGUGCCUUCGACAAAGUCCAAAAAGAAACCGAAGAAGAAAGGUCAGAAGGAGGAACAGCCGGAGUCGGAACCUCCAGCACCUGUCCCUGAAGAGGACACAACGCCGGCCCGCGGCAGAACCAGGCAUCGCACACAUUGGGCGGCUACAGGGGCGGGAGCAGAGGGUGGCAAGAAGGCUUCAAAACCUGCUGCUCGGUCUGCUGACGGCGGGAGAGAACAGGAUGGUGGAGCGGCUGGUGGGGUCUCAGGAAAGUUGCCGAGGGGCCCCGGAGCGAAGGCGUCGCCUUCCCCAACUGUGGAUUUCGACGCUAUAGCAGCGAGUUUGCAUACUAAAAUGAAUGCAGUUCUUUCUAAGUACCAGGAUGCGCUGAAGAAAUUACAGAAAGGGCCCGAUGGAGAGAUGUUGCUGGAAAUGUGCCUGACGGAUGAAGUUGCUGAGGGGCAAUUUACGCUAGCGGGGUACCAUGUUGUGGCGCGCGCUGUGCUCCUGGAGUUAGAGACAUGGUGCCGGAUGCACGCCUUGCAGAAGGUGGCGCGAAACUUUCGGGACAUGCAGAAGAGACAGACAUCAGCAGAGGCUGAGGUUACGGGGAGCCAUGAAGGUGGCGCAGCGUCAACGGCGGAAAGUACAGUUCUCGACGAGCCUGUCGGCGAACAGUCGCCCUUAUCUGAAAUUUUGAAAGGCCUUGAUGCAGAAAUGGCCUCCCGCGCUAGAAGAGCCGGAGCUUUUAUGACCGCCGAACUACGGUACCGAUGCUAUCUGGCGAUACUUUGGCAUCUGCCCCCGCUGGGGUCUGCAGAAAUACCACUGUUUCCCGGUGAAGAGGGAUAUGAUCCUAAUUCCAAAAAGAUUGUACACACUGCUGACGGAACACCUCUUCAAGUCGCGGAUCCGUUCACACCGGUUCUGCUUUUGAAAGACCACCUGCAAAAGUGGAAGUCUUCCUUCAAGCUUACUCUCGCUGAGGUCGAGGCGAAAUGGUGGAAACCCCCAAGGGACGCGGACGAGGCACACCGACAGCAUUUACGGACGAAAGCAGUGUUUCAUGCAGCGUAUUGUCUCGUAGCAUGGAAUAAAUAUAGGGAGGCAACCAAAAAGUGGUCGCGUGCUUCCCAGACCUACAGUGUGUUACGCAGUGAGAUGAAUACUACAAUUCAGUCCGCACUUAGCUUGCUUGCUUCAUUUAUCGACGAUGAAGCCUUCGAGAAAGACACCGAUUUCCGCUUUUUUUUCGACAGUUACCGUGACACAGCACAUGCUAAUGCUCGGAAUUCAAACAGCCCAUGGGAGCCUACCCAUGGUAACGAACAUGCCCCAGACGUACGGGGAGCCGUGGCGAUGCAGGCUGAGGAGGAAGCGCACGGAGCUCCAACGCCAACCGAGGAAUCCACGAUAGGUGGGGCCGAAGAUCCCAAGACGCAGGAGGAGCACGCAAGCCAUGGAUUCAGUUCGUAA